AUGGCUAUAAAGUCUUCUGAUUCUGAUCACGACCACAUCUGUCCGGUUUUCAGUCCGACUACUAACCAGGUGUUGUUGGGUCGGGAGACGCCCAAGCACUAUGGGAUCACGUCUCCUAUCAGCCUGGCCCAAGCCAAGGAGUCUGACCUGGCCCUCACACACAGCCUGACUGAGGCCCUGAAACCAUACGGGGUGUUCGAAGAGGAGCUGGAACUACAGCGCAGGUAGGAUGGUUGUCACUAGUAGGCCGAAUGGUCAUGUUAGAAUGGACACAAGUUGCAUCAAGGCCUAUUGGGAGUGGUAGUAGACGUGGUGGUAGUAGGAUGAGGUCUAUUAGGAGUAGUGGUGGUAGUAGGAUGAGGUCUAUUAGGAGUAGUGGUGGUAGUAGGAUGAGGUCUAUUAGGAGUAGUAGUGGUGGUAGUAGGAUGAGGUCUAUUAGGAGUAGUGGUGGUAGUAGGAUGAGGUCUAUUAGGAGUAGUGGUAGUAGUAGGAUGAGGUCUAUUAGGAGUAGUGGUGGUAGUAGGAUGAGGUCUAUUAGGAGUAGUAGUGGUGGUAGUAGGAUGAGGUCUAUUAGGGGUAGUGGUGGUAGUAGGAUGAGGUCUAUUAGGAGUAGUGGUGGUAGUAGGAUGAGGUCUAUUAGGAGUAGUGGUGGUAGUAGGAUGAGGUCUAUUAGGAGUAGUGGUGGUAGUAGGAUGAGGUCUAUUAGGAGUAGUGGUGGUAGUAGGAUGAGGUCUAUUAGGAGUAGUGGUGGUAGCAGGAUGAGGUCUAUUAGGAGUAGUGGUGGUAGUAGGAUGAGGUCUAUUAGGAGUUGUAGAGUAUGAAAAAUGUAUGCACUCACUAACUGUAAGUCGCUCUGGAUAAGAGCGUCUGCUAAAUGACUUAAAUGUAAAUAGUAGUGGUGGUGGUAGUAGGAAGAGAAUAAUAACUUUAUCCAAUAUCUUGCCAGUACAUCAGUCAAUUAUUCUUAGGUUGGUGUUUCGGUCAAUACUAGGUAAACUGUAUUUGUGGUUAUAAAGUGCCAUACUUGUGUAGUUAUUUAUUAUUUUUUAAAUGUAAAAAUACCAAAGACUUCCUCUAAAUCAUGCCUUGUUUUCCAUAGAAUACAUGUGUUGGGAAAACUGAACACACUAGUGAAGGAAUGGAUCCGUGACGUCAGUGAGACAAAGGUAUGCUUUUACUUCCUCCUUCUGACAGUUCGCUCUGAUACAGCAGGGGUCUGGUGAUCCGUGGGUGUGUCCCAACUGUCACUGUAUUCCCUUUUUUAGUGCACUACUUUUGACCAGGGCUCUGCACUAUAAAUGGAAUAGGGUGCCAUUUGGGACACAGGUAAUAUUGGGAUGAUAUCACAACAGCAAGGCAGUGUUGCCUACCCAUGAUGCAACAGGUUCUAAUGAUUGAAUGUACUGUUUUUUUUCCUCCUAGAAUCUGCCUGCCUCAGUGAUUGAAACUGUUGGAGGGAAGAUCUUCACAUUUGGAUCCUACAGGUUAGGAGUUCACACUAAAGGUAAUUAUGUCAGCUUUAGGAGGGAUGCAGGGUCUUGAGUUGUGGUUAGGAGUUCACACUAAAGGUAAUUAUGUCAGCUUUAGGAGGGAUGCAGGGUCUUGAGUUGUGGUUAACACAUUUGGAUCCACACUGAAGGAAGGCUGAACUAUUGUGCAGUCAGCCUUUCCAUUCUGACGUUGUCCUCUUAGGAGGACUUGUCCAAUAGCAACACUUGUUUUCGGUUUCAAAACAUUUUCUCCUGUUUGGUUUUUAAAGCACCUUUUGAGAUUCUCUUCGUAAUGUAAAGCACUAUAUAAAAUAGUAUUUAUUAUUAUUAAACACAGCAUGGUCACACCACACCGGUAACAUUUUUGCACAAAAUGCCGUACCACCGAAAUGACCUUUUUAAAAAAAAAAUGAAUUGAUAUCUCUUGUCCUGGUGUAGGUGCUGACAUUGACGCCCUGUGUGUGGCUCCUCGUCAUGUGGAGAGAACAGACUUCUUCUCCUCGUUCCUGGAAAAGCUGAAAGAGCAAGAGGAGGUCAAAGAUUUGAGGGUGGGUAUCUGGACGAUCUCUAUUACAUUGCCUUGAUUCCUCGCAUUUUCUUUCCUUGCCUCCUUUUCAAAACCCAUUGGAUGAGACGGUAAGAGGCCCCGCCCCUCUGACCUUCUCAUCCAAUGGGUUUUGAGAAGGAUGCGAGGAAUCAAGGCAGCAUAAUAAAGAUUCUUCCAUGGUGUUGGUAGACUAGGAGGUGAAGAUGUGUACCCAAAAGUUAACGAGGUGCAGACUGUUCAUCAACUGUUCUCUUUUUUUUCCCAGGCUGUUGAGGAGGCAUUUGUCCCGGUGAUAAAGCUGUCUUUCGACAGCAUUGAGGUGUGACGUUUGAAAGUAUUUGUUUAUGAUUGUAUUCUAGGCCUAAAUGUGACCAUUUUGAUUAUUGCAAGAGAACUGGGCGAAGUUGGUUCAGUUCAUCCAAUAUGAAUUGAGAUUUGCUGCUUUUUUAAAUGUCCAUGAGUUUUGUAUAUUUCUAGAUUGACAUCCUGUUUGCCCGGUUAGCGUUGCAAACCAUCCCAGAGAGUCUGGACCUCCGAGAUGACGGGCUGCUGAAGAACCUUGACAUCCGCUGCAUCAGGAGUCUUAACGGUAACACUGAGCUCUUUGUAUCCACUGAGCUGUGGUCCUGAUGUGGUCCUGAUGUGGUUCAGUUGGUAAAAGCGUGCCGCUGUCAACAACAGUGUCGUGGUUCGAUUAUCGCUGGGGUCACAAAUGGUAAAAUGUAUACACUGUACUGUAAGUCUCUUUGGAUGAAAUAAUCUGCUGAACGGUAUCUCACGUCACUGAUGUUGCACUAUAAACAGUGAUAUCUGAUCUGUGUUAAAAAUACAGGGUCUAACAAUUGGUUGUUGGUUCACCUCUGACCCUACCUACACUUAGUUGAAAGCAACUGCUGUGUUGUAGAAUUCAAGUAAUCUCUCUGCAUUGUCUGUGUCGUACCUGUCCGUCUCUAUUGUGAGUGAGGAGUGGGGACCAUAAUGGCUUGACGUUAUGUUUUCAGGUUGCAGAGUUACAGAUGAGAUCCUCCACCUUGUGCCCAACAUUGAGAACUUCAGACUGACGCUGAGGACCAUCAAGCUGUGGGCUAAACGUGAGUUGCCUAGCGUCAAGCGUAGUAGCACAAUCAUUUGCCUUGGUGGAAACAUAACUGUGUGUUGAGUCGGCAUCUCCUGUAAGCGUGUGUGUGUGUCUACUGGUGUGUUUGAGUUGGUCCCUGUGUGUGUGUGUGUACUCUUAUCAGUUUGUACGUCUUGCUGUGUAACACGGAGGGACCAACACUGUUGUGGCUAGGCAGGUGGGAUUAUCUCACUCUAAUGACAGCCACAACACUAAUGACAUGUCAACAUGCUGGACCCAAACUGACAGCCUUCAGGUCCUAUUCCCUAAACAGUAUUAGCCUCUAAAAUAAAACUGUGAGUCACGGCAUUUUUACACAGGACAGACCACGCCCCUCGUGGCCACGGUGAAUUUGUUUGGCUUGCGUACACUGCAUGGCAACCAACUGUCCAAUCAUGUUUUGUCUUGUGGGAACAACAUCCGCAGAGAGUCACUCACUGGCUUGUAGGCUAGGCCAGGUGCAUAACUAAGCCCAAUCCAAAAAACAUCCCCAGCCCCCCCCCAACCCUUUUGGUGAUCUUUAGGAACUAGAUAGAUGUAAACUAUAUGGCAUAAGCAUCGCCAAGCUUAUUGGGAGGCAAGGCAGAAACAUCAAGGAAUUGCCUUUUGCAUUGCAAAAUCAGAAAAAUUACACUGGUGCCUGAUGGUCCUUGAUGUAAUGCACUUAUUACAUUUUACAUUACAUUUUAGUCAUUUAGCAGAUGCUCUUAUCCAGAGGGACUUACAGGAGCAAUUAGGGUUAAGUGCCUUGCUUAAGGGCACAUCGACAGAUUUUUCACCUAGUCGGCUCGGGGAUUAGAACCAGCGACCUUUCGGUUACUGGCACAACGCUCUUACCCACUAAGCUACCUGCCGCCCCAUUAGGUCAGCAACAACAACCAAACUAAAUCUACACAAUCUAAAGUGAUAUGUCCUCCCCAAGGUCAUAACAUCUACAGUAACUUCCUGGGUGGAGUCUCCUGGGCCGCGUCUCGUAGCCAGGACCUGCCAGCUCUACCCCAACGCCAUUUAUUUAUAAUACUGUUAUGUUAUUGUUCUCCCAUAGGUCAUAACAUCUACAGUAACAUCCUGGGCUUCCUGGGUGGCGUCUCCUGGGCCGCGUCUCGUAGCCAGGACCUGCCAGCUCUACCCCAACGCCAUUUAUAUAUAAUACUGUUAUGUUAUUGUUCUCCCAUAGGUCAUAACAUCUACAGUAACAUCCUGGGCUUCCUGGGUGGCGUCUCCUGGGCCGCGUCUCGUAGCCAGGACCUGCCAGCUCUACCCCAACGCCAUUUAUAUAUAAUACUGUUAUGUUAUUGUUCUCCCAUAGGUCAUAACAUCUACAGUAACAUCCUGGGCUUCCUGGGUGGCGUCUCCUGGGCCGCGUCUCGUAGCCAGGACCUGCCAGCUCUACCCCAACGCCAUUUAUAUAUAAUACUGUUAUGUUAUUGUUCUCCCAUAGGUCAUAACAUCUACAGUAACAUCCUGGGCUUCCUGGGUGGCGUCUCCUGGGCCAUGCUGGUAGCUAGGACCUGCCAGCUCUACCCCAACGCUGUGGCCUCCACCCUCGUACACAAGUUCUUCCUGGUCUUCUCUAAGUGGUGAGCAGUCGCUCUCUUUCGGACGUGCUCUGUGACCUGUUUCUGAUGGGCAUUUUGUUUUUCCUGUCUUUGCUGGUGAAGGAGUUUCCAUAGAUCACUCUCUCUACAUUGUCAUCUCAUUUUCUCACUCCUUGGUGCUUGUGGCAGCUGUAUUACUACUGUUUUUAUUAGGAACAUAGUGAAACAAGAUGGCGUGUGUAAAGGGUUGACUGACUGACCUACUGGUAUACUUGGUCUGUACCAUCACACUAAAUUAAACGUGUGUUUGUGUUAUGCAGGGAAUGGCCUAACCCUGUUCUCCUGAAGCAGCCAGAGGACUGCAACCUCAACUUGCCAGUCUGGGACCCCAGGGUAAUGUUGAUCCAUAAUAACAAGAUUUGUUCAUACUGAUACUAGUCCUGUCCUGAGCAACACUGAUACAGUGCAUUCGGAAAGUAUUCAGGCCCCUUGACUUUUUCCACAUUUUGUUAAGUUAUAGCCUUAUCCUAAAAUUGAUUUAAAUAGUUUUUUCCCCCCUCAAUCUACACACAAUACCCCAUAAAGACAAAGCAAACAGGUUUUUAGAAAUGUGUGCAAAUUUAUUACAAAUAAAAAAACAGAUCACAUUUACGUAAGUAUUCAGACCCUUUACUCAGUACUUUGUUGAAGCACCUUUGGCAGCGAUUACAGCCCCGAGUCUUCUUGGGUAUGAUGCUACAAGCUUGGCACACCUGUAUUUAGGGAGUUUCUCCCAUUCUUCUCUGUAGAUCCUCUCAAGCUCUGUCAGGUUGAGUGGGGAGCGUCACUGCACAGUUAUUUUCAGGUCUCUCCAGAGAUGUUCGAUCGGGUUCAAGUCCGGGCUCUGGCUGGGCCACUCGAGGACAUUCAGAGACUUGUCCUGAAGCCACUCCUGCGUUGUCUUGGCUGUGUGCUUAGGGUCAUUGUCCUGUUGGAAGGUGAACCUUAGCCCCACUGAGGUCCUGAGCGCUCUGAAGCAGGUUUUUGUCAAGGAUCUCUCUGUACUUUGCUCCAUUCAUCUUUCCCUCGAUCCUGACUAGUCUCCCAGUCCCUGCCACUGAAAAACAUCCCAACAGCAUGAUGCUGCCACCACCAUGCUUCACCGUAGGGAUGGUGCCAGGUUUCCUCCAGACGUGACGUUUGGCAUUCAGGCCAAAGAGUUCAAUCUUGGUUUAAUCAGACCAGAGAAUCUUGUUUCUCAAGGUCUGAGAGUCCUUUAGGUACCUUUUGGCAAACUCCAAGCGGGCUGUCAUGUGCCUUUUACUGAGGAGUGGCUUCCGUCUGGCUAAUCUACCAUAAAGGCCUGAUUUGUGGAGUGCUGCAGAAAUGGUUGUCAUUCUGGAAGGUUCUCCCAUCUCCACAGAGGAACUUGAGCUCUGUCAGACCAAGGCCCUUCUCCCCCGAUUGCUCAGUUUGGCCGGGCGGCCAGCUCUAGGAAGAGUCUUGUUGGUUCCAAACUUCUUCCAUUUAAGAAUGAUGGAGGCCACUGUGUUCUUGGAGACCUUCAAUUCUGCAGACAUUUUUUGGUACCCUUCCCCAGAUCUGUGUCUCGACACAAUCCUGUCUCAGAGCUCUACGGACAAUUCCUUCGACCUCAUGGCUUGGUUUUUGCUCUGACAUGCACUGUCAACUGUGGGACCUUUAUAUAGACAGGUGUGUGCCUUUCCAAAUCAUGUCCAAUCAAUUGAAUUUACCACAGGUGGACUCCAGUCAAGUUGUAGAAACAUCUCCAGUAUGAUCAAUGGAAACAGGAUGCACCUGAGCUCAAUUUCGAGUCUCAUAGCAAAGGGUCUGAAUACUUAUGUAAAUAAGGUAUUUCUGUUCUUUUGUUUUUAAUAAAUCUGCUAAAAUUUCUGAAAACCUGUUUUUGCUUUGUCAUUAUGGGGUAUUGUGUGUAGAUGGAGGAUAAAAAAAAUUAAUGUAAUUCAUUUUAGAAUAAGGCUGUAAUGUAACAAUGUGGAAAAAGUCAAGGGGUCUGAAUACUUUCCAAAUGCACUGUACAUCAAGGACUGUCAUAAACAUGAACUUAACUGCCUUAAGCAUUUUAGUAGCAGAGCUGCUACUAAAAUGUUAAGGACACUACACUAAAAACACCAGUUCCUCCACUACAUAUCCCACUGGUGUUAACCAUUUAAAGUCUAGGGCCACGUUUUAUUUUCCUGUGACCUGUACCCCCCCCCCAGUCAGUCCCACUUCUUUUAUCUGUUCCAGUACAAACACAUUUGAUUCAGAUGCAUUAGAGGCCUUCAAAUCACUACAUCAAAGAUAGUCACACACAUUCUCAGAGUUCUAUCGUUCCAAGUGACCCUUUCUGCAUGUGGUGGAAGGUUUUAAUUGGCUCUAAGUGUCCUAUCUGUUGUUCCAGGUGACCCCCAGUGACAGGUACCACCUGAUGCCCAUCAUCACACCAGCCUACCCCCAGCAGAACUCCACCUACAACGUCUCUGCCUCCACACGUGCCGUCAUGGUGGACGAGUUCAAACACGGUCCGUAAAGCCGUCUCGAAUUCUAACUUCAUACGCAAGCCUUUGCAUCCACACCUCUGUGUAGUCCCUCUGAAACGGAAUUCUCUUCAUACGAAACCCUUCAGGCCAGAGUCCUAACUUAAGAGCCUUGAGCAAGAAACUUACUCAAACAUUCACAUAAAUGAUCCAUUGAUGUCAAAGGGAAGUUUCAUCAAAUGUAAGUUGUGCCUAUGUCAAAAAAAGUAAAUUCAGCCUCGUCGGAAGUAUUUUCUUUUCUCAAGGGGUUCCUAACGUCCGGCUUGUUGCCUAGAUAAGUUGUCUCAUCUGUAGUUUUCCUUUGGUUCUCCUCGUUGUUAAACACGUUGUCCUUCCUCCUUCCCUCCACAGGUCUGGCCAUCACAGAUGAAAUAUUGCAGAAUAAAGCAGAGUGGUCGAAACUAUUUGAAGCACCAAACUUCUUUCAGAAAUACAAGUAUGUAUUAAGCAGCUUAUCCUGUGGGACACGCAUGGUGAGACAAACCAACUAUUUCAAUAAAGAUUUCGAUUUUCAAAAUACACCACCACCUCACUUGCACCUUUUCAGUAAAUGUGAAGUUCUCUUGUUCCCCUUUAUGUGUAAUCGACUCAUUCAGUUUGCAUUAUUUUUAUUAUUAAAUAAACACUUCAGGCUAACAGACAAGACUCAAAAGAUGCUUUCUUCUGGCCUAAGCACCCUCUUUGAUUCACAAAACAAUGAUCAUAAAAGCAAAUACAAUGUUAAUGUUAUGCAGUGCCUGAAGCCCAGUAUGAUCACUACUAUUAAGUAUAGACUGUGCCUCUAAUGUAAGCACAACUCAAUAUUUGAUGUUUGUAUAUUUUAAUAUCUUACUAAAGGUGGGUACUUCAGCUGUAAGGUUUCCUUAUUAUACUGUACAUCUACUUCCCAAAUAAAAUGCUUUAGUUAACAAUUUGCACUAUGUAUUUCUUGUUAGUCUUCAUUUUGUAGACAUGUUUUUUAUGUUCCUUAUCAAGUUUUGAUCAUGAUAAAUCUGUAAAUUAUAACACCGCGCUAGCAGGAAGCCAUGUGAAGAAUACAACAUUUUAAGUCAUUGGAUCUUUCAGUUUCAUUCUAUACAUGUGGGUAAUUUAUAGAGACAGCUCACUAACUCACACCCUGGAUUCCCUUUUCACUCAUCAGUUCUGCUCAAUCUUGAGAUAUGUACUUGAAUGUUGAAAUCUGAAGUGAAAAGUAAAGCUGAAUAGGUCACUUGUUAAUUGGUUUAUCAGUAAUAUGCAAGAGCAUGAUGCUAGCCUAGAACAGUGGCCACAGUUCUGUUACCCAAGAGGCAUUGUCCUUGGAAGAGGAGACAUUUCUCCCUUUGCAGCCCCAAUCAACAUGCAGACCUAUUUGCAAAAUGCCAAUCAUUUUGCUUCCCAAUUGACUCGCGUUCCAAUCCCCUUCAUUUACCUAAAUCUUCCAUUCCCGACGCUCUCAAUUUGAAAUAAAAUACCCUCAGUCUUUUGGGAAAUCAGUUUGAUCCAGCCACCCUUUCUUUGACAGAAAAGUUUCAGAACAUUUGAUGUAUUGCCUUAAGCACACCGUGGCUUAAGCACAGCUCCUCAUCCUCUGGGUUGCUGACAGAGGAAAGGAGAACAUGCAUCAGCACAUUCUGGACUGUCGUUUGACUGCACUGGAGAGCCUGAAAAAAUGGAUACAAUUUAAAGUGAUUAAAUAAAUCCAGCCUGUGGAUUGGACUGCAGUCUUAGAGGAGACAGUAUAUAUCCAGCCUGUGGAUUGGACUGCAGUCUUAGAGGAGACAGUAUAUAUCCAGCCUGUGGAUUGGACUGCAGUGUUAGAGAGAGAAUAUCCACCUGUAUUGGCUGCAGUCUUAGAGGAGAUCCAGCCUGUGGAUUGGACUGCAGUCUUAGAGAAAUGUAUAUUCCACUGAUUGGACGCAGUAGUAGGAAGUAUUAUCCCGUGGAUUGGACUGCAGUCUUAGUAGACAGUAUUGUGAUUGACUGCAGUGUUAGAGGAGACAGUAUAUAUCCAGCCUGUGGAUUGACUGCAUGUUAGAGGAGACCGUAUAUAUCCAGCCUGUGGAUUGGACUGCAGUUAGAGAGACCGUAAUAUCCAGCCUGUGGAUUGGACUGCAUCUUAGAGAGACAGUAUAUAUCCAGCCUGUGGAUUGGACUGCAGUGUUAGAGGAGAUAGUAUAUCUCCAGCCUUUGGAUUGGACGGCAGUCUGAGAGGAGAUAGUAUAUAUCCAGCCUGUGGAUUGGACUGCAGUCUUAGAGGAGAUAGUAUAUAUCCAGCCUGUGGAUUGGACUGCAGUGUUAGAGGAGACAAACGUUAUUACGCUAGAGAUUGUUAUCCAGGUUUGACCCUUUCACACAUCAGGCUUAAUUAACAUACUUCAGAAUCAGACCAUCUGAUCUGGCUGGCGCCCUGCUUGUUACUGCACUGGUUUCUCUGUACUGUUGUUUGAAUAAAUCAAUCAUUCGUCCUGGGCUCAGACCUUUUUAUUUUCAACGUGGCCUGAAAAUGAAAGAUCUUUCCUUUCCAUUCAUCUGCUUGUCAAUGUAAUCCAAUUUUAUAAUAUUCAACCUAAUGGGAAAUAAUCAGAACAAGCACGGGCUCCUGUGAUUGGACGAACAGUGAGGUAGUGUGGGUUUUCAACAGGUGACGGGCAGAGCUAUUCCAGACAAAGCACAGAAAUAACUUUGUUUGGUGCUACUGUGGUAACUGCAUGGAUAUUGUACAUAUAGGCAGACAAGAAUGUAAGUGAAUACUUUUACUCAGUUAUAAUAUAGUAACAGUGACUUUCAGGAUACUUGAAUAUUGUGGAAGAUAUAUUUUACAGUGAAUUAGGUUCAUUCUCAGUCGACGUGAAGAUGAUUUGGUGAAUUAAUGAUCUUGGUAGUUCGAUUGGUUUUCUCUGGCUAAUUUGAUUUGCUGUGGAGCGUUUGUAGCCAUUACUCUGACAUGUUUGUGUAAAAGACGACUGCGUGUGUGUUCAGCUAAGGACAUUUUGUGUGUCAAUAUAAUUUAUUGCCUUAAAACACGGACGUUGGUAUUAGUCAUGUAGUUUUUAGCUGUUUCAUUUGAGAGAAGUGUGUUACAAAGAAACCUAUUUCCAUGACCUGUUGUGGUGAGGGCUGGGUGAUCUGGGCUCCCGAGUGGUGCAGCGGUCUAAGGCACUGCAUCUCAGUGCUUGAGGCGUCACUACAGACCCCCUGGUUCGAUUCCAGGCUGUAUCACAACCGGCUGUGAUUGGGAGUCCCAUAGGGCAGCGCACAAUUGUCCCAGCGUCGUCUGGGUUUGGCCGGUGUAGGCCGUCAUUGUAAAUAAGAAUUUGUUCUUAACUGACCUGCCUAGUUAAAUAAAAAAUAAAUAAAACAAAUCUGGUCCGGGCCCCCUCUGUGCCUGGGGCCUGGGACUGUCUCCUAGCCUGGGGCCUGGGACUGUCUCCUAGCCUGGGGCCUGGGACUGUCUCCUAGCCUGGGGCCUGGGACUGUCUCCUAGCCUGGGGCCUGGGACUGUCUCCUAGCCUGGGGCCUGGGACUGUCUCCUAGCCUGGGGCCUGGGGCUCUCUCCUAGCCUGGGGCCUGGGGCUCUCUCCUGGCCUGGGGCUCUCUCCUAGCCUGGGUUCGUUGCCUGGCUGCUGUCUUUAGGGUGUAAUGGUAUUGUUCUGUUUCUUAUGUUCCAAGGCAUUAUAUUGUGUUGCUAGCAAGCGCCCCCACCGAGAAGCAGCACCUCGAGUGGUGAGUACUGACUGGAGAGAAAUAAAAAGCACUGGAAAAACAUUGGGAUGUGAAUGAGAUCAUAUGACUGAAUGAAUUAGGGUGGAGACACAGUGUAUUACAUUUUUCAUCCAUGUCAAUGUUGCUCUUAUUAGCCUACUGUUGGGGAAUACAUUAUGAAAAGUGUGGUUUUCUUUGUCCUGGCAGGGUUGGUCUGGUUGAGUCCAAGAUCAGGAUCCUAGUAGGAAACCUGGAGAAGAAUGAGUUCAUAACGUUGGCCCAUGUCAACCCCCAGUCAUUCCCUGGACCCAAGGAAAGCAGGGAGAAGUGAGUAUAUUAUAGGUUUUCUAUGCACGAUUGUAGUAAGCUCUUACUUGACCAUGGACAUUUUUCACCUGUCUUUCAUUCUUUUCCAGAGAGGAGGUCAGCACCAUGUGGGUGAUAGGGGUCAUCUUUAAGAAGAUGGAGGCAUCAGAGAACCUCAACGUUGACCUGACCAUUGACAUCCAGUCUUUUACUGACACAGGUAUGAUCACCUUACUCAAUUCAACUCUGGAAUGUCGAAUUUGAAAGGAUAUUUGUGAUGUUUUCUGCAUUUGUGUCUAGUUCUAUUAUUUGACACAAACUAGCCUGUUUAAUGUUAUAUAAAAAGGACCGUAAUCAUUGUUAUCUUCUAAACGUUUCCUGCAGUGUACCGCCAGGCGAUGAACAGCAAGAUGUUUGAGGUGGACAUGAAGAUCCAGGCCAUGCAUGUGAAGAGGAGACAACUGCACCAGCUACUGCCCAACCUGGUCAUGCCCAAACGAAGGAAGGUACGACAGGCUUCCUCCUCCUCUACCUCUACCUGUAGCUAUAUGUGAUUCAUUCUUAUUGUAAUUCAUGGUCCGUUAGUCUGCACCUCAUUAACCAUUUGGAUGUGCACCUUCAGCUCCUACUUUUUAACUAUAGAGGUGUAACAGAUUUAAUUUAUAGUGUGUUUAUAUUCUGCUUUUCACAACGGUCUCUUGACUGACUACAUGCUUGCUUACAGUAUUGUGUUGUAACCCAUGGCAUUUUGUUCUGUUCUGCAGCACUCCACAGAGGGGCUUCGUCAGAUGAAUGACAGUAGUCUGGACCUAUCGCUGGACAGUGACAACAGCAUGUCAGUGCCCUCCCCCACGGCCGUGCCGGCCACUGUGCCCACGUCGACCCCAGUGAAGAGUGGCCCACUAGGUCCCCCUCCCAGUCCCAUCGCCGCUGCAGCCAGCCAGCCUGAGGCCCCAGCUUCCACCAUGUGUCCCCCAGCUGUGAAGAGACCUGGCUCUCCUAUGCAGGAAGAGAGGAAGAGGUUAAAAUCAGACGCUGAGGUAUUCAAUCUUUAUUGUCCCAGUAGAGAAAUUAAUUUUCAUUGUGAAGCCCGGAGUUUACAGAUAAUACAGUAAAAUGCAUAUUCCAUAUAUGUUCUGUUUUGUUCCAACUGUUUGCUGGCAUUUUGAGACACCUCCCCUCCUCUGUCUACAUAUUUGUCACUUAUUUCUGGCAUAGUGGUGGGCAGUGUUGGGAUUAGUUUAAAAAAAAACGAAUGUAACAGGGAGGACCAAGGACGAUCUACCAAAGAUAGACUACUUACCAACUCAGAUCUACCAAAGAUAGACUACUUACCAACUCAGAUCUACCAAAGAUAGACUACUUACCAACUCAGAUCUACCAAAGAUAGACUACUUACCAACUCAGCUUUGAUCACUACUUUGUCCUUUCAUCUGUGGCGCUGCUUUCCUGUGCUGGUCUACAUGUGCUGCGCUAUCAUAUGGGCUGCUGAAUUAGCCAUGUAUAUACUGUAAGACAAACAUCUGUACAGACUUCCUAUCUUUUUAUUCAAAAUCUUUCUCUCGAGCUGCCAGUUCUGGUUAUAGACCGCAUGUACACGGACCCAUAGAGAUGUAUAGAGGGCACACUUCCCACUAGACGGGAAAGCCCUCUAUGGGCUUUGCUAUCAGAGAAGCGAUCAAUGGCAAAGAUUAGGGUUGUGCCCUCUAUACAUUUCUAUGGGCAGCAGCUGUCAUGACAUUUCUCCAAACAGCCUUUCUCCGCUCGCUCAAUAACUAAAUGAGGAAACAAGUCGCCCGGUAGAGAUAUGAUUUCUGAAAGUAACCACGUGUUGUUUGACAAAGUAACUGUAAUAAUAUGACCCAAAUUAACACGUUACUUAACUCCGUUACUCAUAAAAGUAAUCUGAAAUAUGUAACGCGUUACUCCCGACACUGGUAGUGGGGAGCAUUUUAUUGAUCUAGUAAAUCUUUUUUCUUGUAGGAUUCAGCCACUGAGAAAAAUCCUUCAGGAGACCCAGUCCCCACAAGCCUGACCCCCUCUACUCCCCCCACCAUGGGCCCCCCAGCUGCCCCCCAGACCCCUCACCGGGAGAUGCUGGAGGAGGAGAGCCCCGAGGAGGAGCACCAGAUGAAGGACCCCUCCCCAGUCCCAGAGGAUGGUGCUGCAGCUCCUAAAGAUGGAGAGGAUUGCACCACUGUGGAGGCACAGGUACGCAACAAGCUUAUCCAUAGUGUCACAUCAUCAUGUAGAAAUAUAUUAAUUGUUGUAAUCUAUCUUCUUGAUGAUAUUAUAAGUAGCAUCUAUUAAAAGGGCUAGUGCUAGAUUUUGAGGAGUCAGAUGAACUUGAGGAUACCAUUUUUUUAUGUCUCUGCGUCCCAUAUGAAGGAUGUACAGUGCCUUGCAAAAGUAUUCAUCCCCCUUGGUGUUUUUCCCUAGUUUUGUUGCAUUACAAACUGUAAUUUAAAUGGAUUUUUAUUUGGAUGUCAUGUAAUGGACAUACACAAAAUAUUCCAAAUUGGUGAAGUGAAAGGAAAAAAAUAACUUAUUUCAGGAAAUUGUAAAAAAAUUAAUAAUGGAAAAGUGGUGCGUGCAUAUGUAUUCACCCCCUUUGCUAUGAAGCCCCUAAAUAAAUAUGAUCUGGUGCAACCAAUUACCUUCAGAAGACAAAUAAUCUGUUAAAUAAAGUCCACCUGUGUGCAAUCUAAGUGUCACAUGAUCUGUCACAUGAUCUCAGUAUAUAUACACCUGUUCUGAAAGGCCCCAGAGUCUGCAGCACCACUAAGCAAGGGGCACCAUGAAGACCAAGGAGCUCUCCAAACAGGUCAGGGACAAAGUUGUGGAGAAGUACAGAUCAGGAUUGGGUUAAAAAAAUAUCUGAAACUUUGAACAUCCCACAGAGCACAAUUAAAUCCAUUAUUAAAAAAUGGAAAGAAUAUGGCACCACAACAAACCUGCCAAGAGAGGGCUGCCCACCAAAACUCACGGACCAGGCAAGGAGGGCAUUAAUCAGAGAGGCAACAAAGAGACCAAAGAUAACCCUGAAGGAGCUGCAAAGCUCCACAGCGGAGAUUGGAGUAUCUGUCCAUAGGACCACUUUAAGCCGUACACUCCACAGAGCUGGGCUUUAUGGAAGAGUGGACAGAAUAAAGCUAUUGCUUAAAGAAAAAAAUAAGCAAACACGUUUGGUGUUUGCCAAAAGGCAUGUGGGAGACUCCCCAAACAUAUGGAAGAAGGUACUCUGGUCAGAUGAGACUAAAAUUGAGCUUUUUGGCCAUCAAGGAAAAUGCUAUGUCUGGCGCAAACCCAACACCUCUCAUCACCCUGAGAACACCAUCCCCACAGUGAAGCAUGGUGGUGGCAGCAUCAUGCUAUGGGGAUGUUUUUCAUCGGCAGGGACUGGGAAACUGGUUCAGAAUUGAAGGAAUGAUGGAUGGCGCUAAACACAGGGAAAUUCUUGAGGGAUACCUGUUUCAGUCUUCCAGAGAUUUUGAGCCUGGGAUGGAGUUCACCUUCCAGCAGACAAUGACCCUAACAUACUGCUAAGCAACAUGUGUUGGUUUAAGGCUAAAAUUUAAAUGUCUUGGAAUGGCCUAGUCAAAGCCAAGACCCUCAAUCCAAUUGAAGUAUGUCUGUGGUAUGACUUAAAGAUUGGCCUGUACCACCAGGCGAACCCAUCCAACUUAAAGGAGCUGGAGCAGUUUUGGCCUUGAAGAAUGGGAAAAAAUUCCAGUGGGUAUUUUUACAUUUUGUACAUUAGUCAUUAGCAAGUCUUAUCAGAGAGACACAGUUAGUGAACAUAUUUUUUUAUAUGGUCCCCCGGGAACGAACCCACAACCUGGCGUGCAGCCAUGCUACAACUGGCUGCCUGGCAUUCCCUCCCUACCUGGAUACGGGCCAAUGUGCGCGCCCAUAGCCCGGUCGCGGCGCGGCGACAGAGCGGAUUCGAACCAGAUUGUGGACAGUACCUUGCAGUGCCUUGCCACUGCGCCAUAGGAGAUAGGUUAUUGUGCAAGCUAUAAGAAUACCAAAGACUUUGAAUUGCUGCAAAGGGUGCUCUACAAGUAUUUUGAGGGUGACUUUAUGCCGCUAAGUUUUCUUUUUUGUUUAUUCUUGUUUGUUCACAAUAAGAAAUAUUUUGCAUCUUCAAAGUGGUAGGCGUGUUGUGUAAAUCAAAAAAUACAAACCCCAAAAAAAUCAAUUUGAAUUCCAGGUUGUAAGGCAACAAAAUAGGAAAAAUGCCAAGGGGGGUGAAUACUUUCGCAAGCAACUGUAAGAGGUAGUUUUAGCGUCUACCGGAACGGCUAGCACAGACAUAAAAAUGGUAUCCAUGACUCUGGGGAAGUAGAUAAAGUGCUUCAUUGCCAAAAUCUCACACUAUUGCUAAUUGAGACUAACUGCUGUCUAUCAUGGUUAGAUAGUUGUGAUAAACUGUUAUGUGGGUCCUGGUGUUCACAGGUCAAUGAGGACAGUAUGUCUGAGGAGAUGCCUGCUUCUGAAGGGGAAGUGAAGAUGGAGGCAGAUAUUAAGGUAUGAGCUCUCUCUCUCUCUCUGUCUGUCUCUGCGUCUCUCUCUGUCUCGCUCUCUCUCUCUGUCUCGCUCUCUCUCUCUCUGUCUCUCGCUCUCUCUCUCUCUGUCUCUCGCUCUGUCUCUCGCUCUCUCUCUCUCUGUCUCUCGCUCUCUCUCUCUGUCUCUCGCUCUCUCUCUCUCUCUCUGUCUCUCGCUCUCUCUCUGUCUCUCGCUCUCUCUCUCUCUCUCUCUCUCUCUCUCUCUCUCUCUCGCUCUCUCUCUCUCUCUGUGUCUCUGUCUCUCAAUUCAUUUCGAUUUCAAUUUAAGGGCUUUAUUGGCAUGGGAAACGUAUGUUAACAUUGCCAAAGCAAGUGAAGUAGAUAAUAAACAAAAGUGAAAUAAACAAUAAAUAUUAACAGUAAACAUUACACUCAGAAGUUCCAAAAGAAUGUCAUAUUAUGUCUUAAUACAGUGUUGUAACAAUGUGCAAAUAGUUAAAGUACAAAUGGGAAAAUAAAUAUGGGUUGUAUUUACAAUGGUGUUUGUUCUUCACUGGUUGCCCUUUUCUUGUGGCAACAGGUCACAAAUCAUGCUGCUGUGAUGGCACACUGUGGUUUUUCACCCAGUAGAUAAGGGAGUUUAUCAAAAUUGGGUUUGUUUUCGAAUUCUUUGUGGAUCUCUGUAAUCUGAGGGAAAUAUGUGUCUCUAAUCUCUCUCUCUCUCUCUGUCUGUCUGGCUCUCACUUUCAUAGUUCCUGUCUAAAUAGGCUACAGAUGUCCUAUAGUUCCACUUUGGUCUGUUUAUAUUGUUAAUUUAAUCAAUUUAAUUAUCUUACUCUCCCCUCAGAGAAUGGUCAGUGCGGACCUGUCUGACGUGCCCCUCCUGCCAGCCAACCCAAUUCCAGUGGUGAAGAACUCUAUCAAGCUUCGCCUCAGCAGGUAGGAGAGAGGCACCUACCCACCCAGCUCGCCUCCCCGGCCCCCAAACCCUGACCUCUACUGUGGAUGUCCGAAGGUACUUACGCAUUCUCAGUCCUCUGCCACGGAAUGCCCACAGUGCUGCAGAUAAAGAGACAGACGGACGGGCGGAUAGACGAACGGACAGACACACAGGCGACCAGACAGACAGACAGCACUCUUUCAACCAGGGACAUUGUCAGUUGACAUGCAGGGCGCAGCUGCAACUGUCUCCACAAGAUGGCGAUGUUGCCCUUCUGCUGGAUUGUCCCAGGCAGCUUCCAACCUCUACCUUACUGGUUAAAGGGUAGAAGUUGUCCCAUAGGCACAGAUCUAGGAUCAGCUCGCCUUCCCCUGAGUCUUAGUAAAACACAAAACGGACCCUAGAUCAACAUGUAGAGGCAUCGUGGAUAUACACGUGGAUGCUCAUUUGGUUUUUCUCCUCUCCUCUCUUCUUCUCAUUGUGUUGUAUUGUCCAGAGAAGAGACAAUGGCGAAACAAGUUCUGUUGAAUAAUGAUGUUGUGAUUUCUUUGUCCCAGUGGUUUACGGUGUGUGUGUGUGUGUGUGUGUAUGUGUGAAGCACCUUGUUAUGAUGUCAAAACCUACUUUGAGUAAUAAAGAAAAGAAGAACAGAACAGGAAAUGAAAGAUUGGGUCAGUGGUCUUAGAUCUGUUACCGUUGUGAUCACUAAUCUACUGUUAUAUACUGUAGUGUGUAACAGAUGACAGGUUAUGACUGCAUCCCAAAUAGUACCUUAUUCCCUGGUCAAAGGUAGGUCACUAUAAAAGCAAUAGGGUUCCAUUCGGGUUGCGGCCUAAAAUCCAUCACCAGGUAACCACUGUCAGUCAGUCAACUGUUGGGAUAUGAGGUGGCGUUUGGGGUGUAUGGGGAUGUAUAGGAAGGGUAUGAGGGUAUUUGGGAUACAUCAAAAAGACAUGGACACAGAUACAUGCAGCUAACGCUUGCUAAGGGAACUAGCUAACGCUUGCUAAAGGAACUAGCUCAGGUUUGAGUACAUCCACAACACAAUAACUUUGACCAAAAAAGCUCACAAUGUCUGUGGGAACAGAAUAGCGUAGUCUCUUUUAGGAUAGUUUCAUGUUUUAUUAGUCGUAUGGUACAGGAUACACAUGGAAUACAUCAUCCAAUGAAAUGCUUACAGGUUCCUUCUGGACAAUGCAACAACAAUAAGAAAUAAUAAAAUAUAAGAAUAGGAACAUAAAGUAAAUGGCUCAGUAGAAUAGAAUAUACCUUUUAGCAUCAGUAUAAUACAGGAAGGCACAAUUUAUAGUCUAAUAUUUUGAUAGGAUCGUCGAUAGAGAUACAGGUCUAUAAUCUAGAGAUGACACAGAGUUAAGAGUAGUCAUCUUUCUACACGAAUGUAAACAUAUAUCAGAGGAAUGCUACAUUAAAAGAUGGCAACAGAGUGCUAUGGCUGGCAUAUUGAGUGGAGAGGUGGUCUGGUGUCUGAGUAGACCAUUUAGUUAUACAUGCAUAGAAUUAGAAUGCAUAGAACGGGAGUAGUACCUCUGACCAUUCUAUUCAUUCUGAUUCUAUGUAUACAUGCAUUGUACAGUAACUGUUAGUGUCAUGUACAAAAACAUUAAAAUGAUGAAAAACAAUGCUUUUCUUUUGCGUGCAACAUAAAAGACUUGAGCUUUCGCCUUGAUGGAUUAUUUGAAUGUUGCAUAAAGUGGUGCGAUUUGAAUAAAAAUAUAAUUCUUCAAACAUCACGCAGAAGGUUAAGAGCACCAAUUCUCUUUGUUGGCUAUUUAUUUUUGAUUUACUAGGUCACAUCAUAACAGAAUUGAAAUUUGCAAGAAGAGCCAACGGGUUGAAAACUUGGUAGUGUGGUUAGCGGACAACACAACAGUUAUUUUGGUUCACUGUUUUUUGGAAAGUUUUAAAACAAAGUGUACUGAAUUUUCACUUUCUCAAUAUUUUGUUGAUGUAUUAACAACAUGUAGCUUUUGUCUCGUUUGUGCUAGUCGUAUGUUAACGAUGAAUCUGAAUUUAGACCACUGUCAACCUAUGGUGCGUUAAUCUACAUGAAUAGAUACUUUUCUUCAAUGACGAUGAAACAUUAUUUCCCGUUCUUACAAUGCUCUUUUUCAGUUCAACGUUUUUUCUUAGGCGUAUUUGUAAGGACGAGGUAUUGUACUUUUUUUCACAAAUAAAGGUCUACGUUGUUGCAAAGAUGCAUUUGUCUUGUGUUCUUGUUCGAAGUACCCCACCGCCAUGAAAAAAAUACAGUUAGCGCUUCCGACACAGCGACAUAACACCAGCAGACUUUUAUCCCUGCGGUUUCCCAACAAGUCAUCGGUUUUGUUCUUUCUUUCAUUUGUGCUGUGUAGGAGACUGGUGCUGUAGGAGCCUGGUGCUGUAGGAGCCUGGUGCUUUAG